AUGUCUGAAACACAACUUUCCGACCAAUAUCUUUACCAGAGCUCGCUCAAGAGUGAUCCGGAUAUUAAAGUCUCCUCUGGCAAGCGCGUGCCUUUCGUUAUCGAUCUUAAUCAGGGGUCAUACCAAAACGGUGUUAUUACUAUCGAUGCAACAUCCCAGCUUAAUGGAAGUGAAGGAUUUGCUUCGCUCCGUGAUGCCUACAUUAUGCUACCAUACAAGGUAUCGAUGAAAAACACUCAUGCUCCUACUGUUCAGGCUAAUCCUGCUAAUUGUUUUUGCUGUCUUGAGCUGAAUGGUAAGACUAUCGUUUCUAUGGCUGACUACAAGCUGUUUUGGAGCAAUAUUCGUGCUCAGACUGGAUAUAGUCCUCCGUAUGUUGAAAAGCAUGGUGCAGAGUCUUUCCUCUUCCCUGAUGCUGCUCAGUCGUCGAGGUACAGUGCUACGGGCUCUUUUACUGGAGACGGGUAUUCGAAUAACACAGCGUUCUCCUCCUCCUUCACCGCCGGCGCUAUCUCUGCCACAGCUUCAGUAGCAAAUGAUGGUUUUCUGGGACGUGGCGCUUUCGUGGCGGGUGGCUAUGCUGCUGGCGCUAUCAUGGGAACGUGGAACUUCAUGCUAAAAAUCAAGCUUGUUGAUCUCCACCCGAUUUUCAAGGAGCUUGAUCUUAUGGCUAACCCUCAAAUCCGUCUUCGUUUCCGGGUUAAUCAGGGUACUGUAGCUAUUGAUGCUGAAACUUCUCGUUAUAUGACGCUUACAAGUACUACACUAUCGAGUGGUAAUACAUGCCCUGUAAUGAUUGCUUCGUCGGCAAGUAGUAAUCCUAUGGUUAGUGUUCUUUCAGGUUCAACAGCUGGUUCUACUGCUGUUUCAUGGGGUGCUGUCGUUAAUGCGCUUGAACCUACUAUUGAUGGAACCUACAUGCCUUUCACGACUUCUCGACUGUAUGUCCCGUUUAAGGUCCGCUACAACGACCGUUAUGCACAGUGGUUUUACCAGCGCGCCGGUAUUGGCAAGCAAGGGACACAGCUUAAUGCUUCUUUCGAUCUGCAACUUUCGGCUUCUGUAAAGAAUGCGAAGUACGUCAUUCUUUUACCAUUUGGUGAGCAAACUGGAAACUUUACUACUGCUGCUGUUCAACAGUUUCAGAGUCCGUUUGAUACGGUUCCUUGGACACUUCAGCCUGGCUCGAGCAUUCGCAACUUCAAUGUCCGUAUCGGUUCGACUCAAUGCUUCGACAUUAGUCAUGACUACGAUUUCCACCAAUUCACAAACGAGUUCGCUAAAAUUGCUGCGAUUAAUGGUGAUCUGACCCCUGAGCUUCUGAAUGGACUGCUUGACUAUCAGACGUGGUCUCUAACUAACCGCAUCCUUAUCGCUGACGUUAGCCGCCUGACGGAGCGUGAUGUACCUCAGGCUAUUCAGAUCCAGGGUACAAACGCUGGUUGCCAGGGAACAAACAUGCUUGUUUUGGUUGUGAGCGAACAAGAGCUCUCCUACGAUCGUCUAACGGGAGAGGUUUUAGAUUUUACCACGGCUUAG